AAUUCUAAAUAUGAGUGGUCCUGCUUUAUUUUAAACGCUCACCUGCCGACCGGAUGCGACACACCUUUUGAAUGCGUUACUGCCGCUCCUAUCUGUUAACGCUUCUGCGGAAUGCGCGUGCGUAAAGUUUGAGCAGUUCGUCAAAGUUGGAUAUGUGGCCGUUGUCGAGGCAUCUAUCAGCUUUGCCCCUGCUAGUUGCCUUCUGUGCACUUUCCAGCCAUGGCCAACAUGACGUCACCUGGUGCACUGUUAGUGAUGCAGAACACCUGAAGUGCACAGAGUUUGCUGAGGCAGUGCGUGUAAGCCGCCUAUUCUCUCUAACACUCAAAUGCAAGCGGGCUGCAUUCAAGGAUCAGUGCAUGAAUUUUCUGGAUAAUGGUCAAGCCAACCUGGUGGAACUUGACCCUGGCGAGGUCUACACGGCUGGGCGUUUUCACAGUGUUAUCCCUAUCCUGGCUGAACGCUAUGGCAGAGAUAGAGACGCUGGCUACUAUUCAGUGGCUAUCAUUCACGCCCGGUCCGAGUUUCGCUCACUGAAUGAUCUGAGGAACAAGUCUGUCUGCUUUACCAGUGUGGGUGACAUGGCUGGCUGGGUGGUUCCCAUGGCGACACUGAUCCACGAGAACGUCCUUGAAGUAACUGACUGCAACAACCUUGUCAAAAGUGCUGCUUCAUUCUUUGGCCCAAGCUGUGCACCAAACUCUCUGAUUGAUAAGCACAACCCAACAGGUGACAACCCACAGAAGAUGUGCGAGUUGUGCAUGGGGCGCCCAGGCGAGCGAUGUUCGGGUAAUGACCCAUUUUCUGGCUACCAAGGUGCACUGCACUGCCUCAUGGAAAAAGGGGAAGUAGCCUUUGUGAAGCACACCACACUGGAUGAAAUGUUCCUGGGCCAGCCACCUCCAGAUCGAUUCCGACUUCUUUGUCCAAGUGGCGAGACAGCCCUGCCGGACCAAUACCGCACCUGUAACUGGGGCAGAGUACCACCAAACGUGGUAGUCACAACUUCAGACACACUGCCUCAUGUUCGUGUGCAGUACCAAGAGUUCCUUAAGCUGGCAGUGCAAACCUUUGGCAAGCCUCCUAUGGGGCAGCUGCCAUGGUUCUACCAGAGUCACUCAGACAGUGGCGGCUACAAUAUAAGCCCUACCCCUCACUGGAGUCGAGUUUUCAACCAGAGCUGGGCAGCUGGGCAGCAGACGCCUUCCUGGAAUGGCCCGCUUACAACUGAUCGCCCAUUCUUUGUCAACAUGACAGAGAUGUCCAAGUUCUACCUAUUUGCAAGUGGGAGCCGCUAUGGCAAUGCUACCAAUCUACUGCUGCAAGACUUGACAACAGAGCUGGUGCCACUCAAUGGAUAUGAACAGACUUUCACUGGUUACCUUGGAAGAUAUGUGGAGCCCUUCACAAAGCUGCGCAGGUGCCCCGUCCCUCCUGCUGUGCUUUGUGUGGUUUCAGAAAAGGAGGUGGAGAAAUGCCAUCGCAUGAGGACAGCCUUCAAGUCCCAGAUGCUGAAGCCAGACCUUAACUGUGUGCGUAGCCAUAGCCACCUGGGUUGCAUGCACAUGAUACGAGAUGGCCUUGCAGACCUUGUUGUUCUUGAGGCAGGCGACAUAUACCGAGCUGGACAUUCUUUUGGCCUCAUCCCAAUCAUCACCGAGCAGUACAACUUAGAUGAGCCAUACUACUACGCUGUCGCCGUGACUCUCCAAGGGGACAAGGAGACCGAUCUGUUGUACCUCAAAGGUAAAACAUCAUGCCACACUGGCAUCAAUCAGGCUGCUGGAUGGGUGGUGCCGUUGAGCUUUCUCAUCAGUAAUGAGCGCAUGCGGUCCUAUGGCUGUGAUUCAGCACGCUCUGCCUCAGAAUUUUUCUCCAAGAGCUGUGUGCCCGGCGCUCUUUCCCGUGAAUUUGUGGGCUCGGAGCGGAGCUACAAGAACCUGUGUGAUCUCUGCCAUGGAACCAGCACUCAUUUCUGCGGCCGGGAUGCUUCGGAGCCCUUCUAUGGCCAUACAGGUGCCUUCCGCUGUCUUGUUGAGGGAGGCGGCCAGAUUGCAUUUGUCAAGCACACAACUGUCUUUGAAAACACAGCUGGUCGCAACAGUAUGUGGUGGGCACGCAACAUUGCACUUGGUGACUUUGAGCUGGUCUGUCGUGAUGGCUCACGCCAGCCACAGGACAAGUAUGUCCAGUGUAACCUAGGGAAAGUGGCAUCCAAUGCCAUUGUGACUAGCCCGAACAAACCGCAAAGCAUGAUCGACGCCUACAUCAACCUUUUUGUGUAUGCACAGCAGUUCUAUGGUUCCAAGUACAGCGAGGAUUUCACAUUCAAAAUGUUUGUGUCAGAGGCUGCACAUCGAGACUUGAUAUUUCAAGAUUCAACGCAGCAGCUAAAACCAGUGCCUUUACAUAGGCGCAACUAUGCAGACUAUUUGGGCAGUGACUUUCUUCAAGCAGUCCGUCUUGUGGACUGCUCUGGAGGUUCAAGUGGUGUUCAGUUGUCAAUAGCAAUCAUGUUGAUCUGCAUCCUUUCUCUGAAAUUCUGGGCAUAGUGGUGCUUCAUCUCACUGUUGCUGAAAGACUGCUCGAGCCUUUUACUGUGAAAAAGGCUCCAAACAGUGCUCAUAUUUUUUGUAUAAAUUAAGCGACGUGACCCAAGUCAUGUCAACUUGGAGCUGGGGAGGAGUUUUGUACCAGGAAUUACCAGCUCCAAACUUGUUUAAUGUCAAACGCUCUUUUUAUAGCUGUGGAGGGAAGUGGCAUGUGAGUUCUGAUGUGUUGAGCUUUGCUUUUUAAAGGCUUGCCCUUGCCAUGGGUGGCUAGUGAAGUAUCCAUCAGCUGGAGCUGAAAGUUCCAAGUGUAAGAUAUUUUCAGUGGUAUGAAUCAUGAUGGGCAACUGCGGUUGCUUAGUGGCUAUGGUGUUGGGCUGCUAAGCACGAGGUCCCAGGAUCGAAUCCCGGCCACAGCAGCCAUAUUUCUAUGGGGACGAAAUGCGAAAACACCCGUAGAUUUAGGUGCACGUUAAACGAACCCCAGGUGGUCCAAAUUUCUGGAGUCCCCCAUUACGGCGUGCCUCAUAAAUCAGAUCCUGGUUUUGGCAUGUAAAACCCCAUAAUUUAAUUUUUUAAUUUAACUUUUCAUCAUUGUAAUACUGUGACUGCCAAACAGGGAAUAAGCUUUCUUUCUUUCUGCUUGUAUGCAUGAAAAAAUGAGGGGAGGAAAGAAGCAUUCUGUUUAAUGAGUUAAGUGUUAAUGAGUUUAUGGAGUGUAAUCUCAUAGGAAGGCUGCACUUUGCAGCACACUUGUCAACAGAAUCAUCUGAGGCUUUUUAACAUUGUUAUUUACACAAAUGUUGCACAUAGUAUAUGUUUAAAAACCUGACAUGGACUUUCUGUGGUCUUGGUAUAAUCAACUUCUGCUGCCUUUCCCUCUCCCCAAAAAAUACAAUUCACUGCUCUUUCCCCCCCCCCUUCUUUCUUACUUUUUUUUCAAUUAUUUGAUUUGCAUGGGACCCCAAUGAAUGCAUUCAUGAUGGACUUUCGUGUCAUGAAAGAAAAAUUUGUCGUCCCCUUGCUUUUAGCUUUUAUUGGGUCACGUAUGUUGAUUCUGGGUGUAAAAUUGCUUCAUGUAUGGUGAUUAUGCCAAACGUUUCACAUAACUGAAACUUUUUAAAAGGUGGUAUGUCGUAGGUAGUCCUGGUCUGCAGCUUGUUUUGGGAAGUCACACUAAGUUGUAGCGUGGCCUAUUUAACUGGUGAAGAUCAGUUAUGAAACAUGAAAAAAAAAACUUAAACUGCCUGCACUCUUGCAUGCAUGGAUUAUAGCACUUUCACCUGUGUGUUCAACUAAAAAGCCUGCAGUGCUAAGUGUUUUGGUAAGCACAGGCCAUGGUAUCCAGUGUUGACCAAACUGUUAACAUUGGCAUUCUAAAAACAAAAACUGUGGCCAUAGCCGUAAAUUGUGCGCCAUAGGCAGAUGACAAGCAAGGUAGACAUUUGGGCAAGUUGGUAAGGUUCCUUGUUGAAGUAAGGGAGAGUGAUCAACUUAUAUGAAGCCGAAGAAAAGGUAAGUGCUUCUGUUGUCCUUUUCUUUCGCUUCAUAUGUGUUGAUUGCACUCCCCUACGUCACCAUGGACAAAAGCAAAUAUGUAGAAAUAGGCUGCUUUUGUUAAAGCUACAGUCUGUUACAGUCCAAACAUUUAAAAAAGAAUGUUUUAAAAAUUUCAGAGAAAACAUUUGUAAAGUUAUUUUCAGUUCUUUACCUUUGAGGCACCCAUUAAACAUGAAAUUGCAA